AUGGCCCCAUAUUUCAAGCUCAGUGCAUUGCAGUCUCCUAAAAUCGAUGAAGAACGGGACUACAUGAGAAAUGUCCCAUAUGCAAGUAUUGUUAGAAGCUUAAUGUAUGCCAUGAUGUGUACACGACCUAAUAUCUCUCAGGCCAUUAGCUUAGUUAGUCGCUAUAUGCAUAAUCUUGGAAGGGUUCAUUGGCAUGAGGUUAAGUGGAUUCUACGAUAUGCAACCAAUUUUGAUAAUAAGCGAAUUGAUCUCUUUGAUGGGGGCACUGAAGGAUAUGGGGAGCAAAAUGUCAUGCUAGCUUCCUCCAUGACAAACCAACAGCUGGUAGAUAGUGGAAACCGGAUGAUGGAUGAGACUGAUCAAGUCAUUGAGAGGUCAAAGAAGGUUGUUCAUGAAACCAACAAUGUUGGAAUUGAGACGGCAGCAGCACUAAAGGCUCAGACUAACCAAAUGAGUCGGAUUGUUAAUGAGAUGGAUUCUAUCCAUUUCUCAAUCAAGAAAGCUUCUCAACUUGUGAAGGAACUUGGUAGGCAAGUUGCAACUGACCGAUGUAUAAUGGCAUUACUCUUACUUAUUGUUAUUGGAGUUGUAGCCAUCAUUAUUGUUAAGGUUGUAAACCCAAGCAACAAGGACAUCCAGGAUAUUCCUAGAUUAGCCUCACUAGCAAUGACUCGCAGAUUACUUUGGAAUUCUAGUUGA